AUGUUUGGCCAUGGCGUCAGCAUGGUUCUCUUUAAUGCCACCGUUCCUAAUUCUACGCUGUACAAAGCGCUCAAAUCGGCAGCAGAGCAUGGCGAGUUGCCGCAAGGAUUCUCUCGUUCUUACUUCAAGCGCGCUUUCUCCAUUGACAAGGGCAUUUUCGAUGCGAACCGUAUGCUGGAUUAUGAGUACGACAACACUGUUCCUCAACCAGAUGAAACGCUGGCAUUUGGAACGGUGUUUAGAAAGUAUUGGAGACUUUUGCCGCCAUUCAUCGUUCUGGAUGUGGUGGUUGCCACCAGGGUCAGCAUAGAACUAGAUAAAGGGGAUGGGGCUUUGCGUGCUGUUGGAUUUUCGGCUCGGGUUGAGAAGACUGGUGGAUCUGACGUCGGGUUUUAG